AUGGACAUGAGUGCGUUUUAUGUGUCUGCAGCUCGGGCGCAGCAGGGCAAUGGCAGCGGGGGCAGCGGGGGCGACGGGGAGGAGAGCGACAGCUCGUGGCUGGUCUUUGUAGUGGCCGUGGCGCUGGCCGCCGCCUGCGCCGUCACCGUGUGGCGGGUCCCCAUAGAGGACCUGCUUUAUGGCGGGGAGGAGGCGAUUGACGGCCUCACGGCCGGCUAUGGCGGCUUCGGCCUCGGCGACGCGGCCGGCGCGGCGCUGUGGGCGGCCGCGCUGUGGUUCGUGACGCCGCUGCAGCUGCUGCUGCUGUUUCUCGGGAAGAUCGAGACAGAGCGGCCCUCGGACGAGAUCAUCUCGCUGCUGGGGCGCGCGGCGGGGCUCGACGUGGACGCCGUCGGUUACGAGGCGCCCGCGUGGGCACGCGCUGUGGCCGCUGCCGCGUGCGUGGCCGGCGGCGUCGGGCUGGCUGCGCUGUUCUCGCUAUCCCUUGGGGACGCCACGUGGGCAGUGAGCUCCGGCAUAGGCGCGCUCUUUGCGGCGGCGGUGUACGAGGUCGGGCGGCCGGCGCGCGUCAGCGGCGCGGAGGCGGUGCAGCUGGAGGAGCAGUGGCAGGAGUUUGCGCGCUUCGCCGACCGCCGCCUGCAGCGCGGCGGGCGCUGCCACGAGAGUGAGGUGUGGGCGGCGUACCGGCGGGAGCCCGGCGCCAGCAUCGCGCGGCGGUCACAGGACGCCGUGCCGGACGCGACGCUGCGCACCAUGGUUGUCAACUGGCACCCAGAGGCGCAGAGGACGCGCACCGGGUUCUACAAGAACCUGUCGGUCAAACCAUAUGUCGACGCGUUUACCGGCAAAACGCUAGGCAUGAGCGUCGCCAGCAGCGGCGGCGCGGGGAGCGGCGCCGAAGAGUCGCGAGAGGCCUGA